GAUCUACUGACUAAUUAUAUAGUAGAAUAAUAAAUUAAACAGGUUAGGUUAUGGCACCUUCAAGAGAUAUUGAAAAGACUCAGUUACAGGCGCCCGAACCAGAGCAUUGUCCUGGACCUGAGUCAGAAGCAGCAGGUAAAGAUGAUGCUUGUCAAGGAUGUGCUAAUCAAGAUAUUUGCUCAUCCCAAUUACCAAAAGGUCCAGAUCCGGAUUUACCAUUAAUAAAUAAAAGAUUAAGACAAAUAGAUCAUAAGAUAUUAGUAUUAUCUGGGAAGGGAGGUGUUGGAAAAUCUACAUUUACUUCUAUGUUAUCAUGGGCAUUAGCUGCCGAUGAAGAUAUAGAAGUAGGAGCCAUGGAUUUAGAUAUUUGUGGACCUUCAUUACCAAGAAUGUUAGGAGCGGAAGGUGAAUCAGUUCAUCAAUCUAAUUCUGGAUUGUCACCUGUAUAUGUAGCAGAUAAUUUAGGAUUAAUGAGUAUAUCAUUUAUGUUACCAGAUCCAGAUUCAGCAAUUAUUUGGAGAGGAGCUAAAAAGAAUGGAUUAAUAAAACAAUUUUUAAAGGAUGUAAAUUGGGGAGAUCAUUUAGAUUAUUUGGUAGUUGAUACCCCACCUGGAACAUCAGAUGAACAUCUUUCAGUAACAUCUUAUAUGAAAGAAGUUGGUAUAGAUGGUGCAUUAAUUGUAACUACUCCACAAGAAGUAGCAUUAUUAGAUGUACGUAAAGAAAUUGAUUUUUGUCGUAAAGCAGGAAUUAAAAUUCUUGGUUUAGUAGAGAAUAUGUCAGGAUUUGUAUGUCCAAAUUGUAAAGGUGAAUCACAAAUAUUUAAACCAACCACUGGUGGUGGGGAGAAAUUAUGUCAAGAUUUAAAUAUCCCAUUCUUAGGUUCUGUACCUUUAGAUCCUCGUAUUGGAAGGUCGUGUGAUGCUGGUCAGAGUUUCUUUGAUAAUUAUGCUGAUUCUCCAGCUGCAACUGCUAUUUUAGAUGUGGUGGAUGCUUUAAGAGAUCUGGUAGAAUUAAAUGUUUCCAAUUUAAGUAUAUGACAACUUUAUGUUGUUAUAGCCCUUACCAUUAUAUAUUAUGUACUAUAGCCUUAGAUUUAUUUAAUUAUUAUUAAAUAUAUACGCACCAAAAGCAUCU